AUGAACAUGUAUCUGUGGAUAUUUAAUCUCGUCUGUUCAGCUGUGUACGGCAUAAGCCGUAUUUCAGGGCCAAAUUUGAAAGCUGUUAACUUUGCCAAAGAGUUAGAAGGACAAAAGCUGAAGGGAAGCCUGAUAAAAGAAAUAGAAGUUUCUUCGGAAAGUUCUUGUCGGUUUGAGUGUGUGAAUGAAGAGCGAUGUCAAUCCUACAACUUUGGAACUUUAGAGGGCGACUCAGGGAAAUUCAAAUGUCAGCUAAGCGACUCUGAUCGAUUUGUUGGAUUUGCAAACUUUACCGAAGACGAACAUUUCAUUUACAGAGGAAUAAAGGUAAGCUUAAUCUCUUUAGGUGUAUAAAAAAAUUACUUGAGGCUCAAUGGUUGAAUUUUAUCUCUAAAAUCGAAGCUGGAUCUCUUUUUAAUGUUUUCUAACAGUGAUACACCAACCUUGCUCUAACUUAUAUAAGUCAUCAAAGUUUUCUAAGAAUCUUGCAGCAACCUGGUGGGAAAUUUGCUGAUGUCUACGUCAGGGAAAGAAACUUGGUAGAACCGUGAUAACCAAAAAAAGUGUGACCUUGACAAAAAGUACUAAAACUAUUUUAAGGAAAUAAUUUUUGCAAUGAAGAGCUGGUAAUCGAGUUUGUACAAUAGGAGAAAUAGACCCGGCUUUGUUUUUGAUAUAAAUCCUGCUGAUAAAGAUUCCAUUGUUUUUUCCCAUCCGUACAUCAAUCGAUUUAUGGAAGUUUUGCCCCGUCACAAGUUCGCCCCCUUAAAGCAAAACAAGUUUACCCCAAAUCUUUCAGCGCUUAGUUUUAAAGCAAGCCAAGCUUUCUAAUUGAUAAAAUUUUCUGCCGUCGUCAGCCCAAAUAAAGAGCGCGACAUAUUUUUUUGUUGGUCACAAAGUACAACUUUGAUGGUUUCGUUCGGGUUGUUUUUGAAUACUCCUUAUGCGAUCAACACGAUGCACAGCUGAGGCCGUAGGAUGUUUUUCGGAAACCAAAAUCAAAAGUUAAAUAACGUGGGUAAUAAUAAGCCUUCAGGGCUCAAAAAAUUCUGCGCAACUCGAAAAAUAUCCCGCGUAUUAGAUAUGAAACCAUCGAAUAAAGUGUGUGUUUUUUUAGGGCCGUUACUCUUACAUAUUUAAAAGGAAUUUAAAAAAACCCGAAAAGUUAAGUUUUAGUUUAGUAGGAAUAACGAUGAAUCAAUGAUAGUUAUGAAAUAUUUCCGAGGUGGCUAUUAAUUAUGAAUGCGGAAAACAUUCUGAUGGCAUCAGUUCGUUGUACUGUAAACCUCUAGCUAUAGAUAAAACUUUUACGUUUCUACCUUCUAAUUUCUGUUUAUAUUCUGAGUUUUUUUUCUUUUAAAAUUUAAUACAUGAUUGAUAAGAGGCAGUAAGUUUUCAGCUAUCGAGAGGAGGCUCCAGAGGGUUUUUGUUCGAUGUUGGCGGGCGCGCUAGCAUAUUGUUUUUCUAAAAAUUUCUGUUUUCGCUUUUCUAUAUCUCUAAAAGUCAUCAAAAGGGCGAUGAGCAAGGCUAGGACUAUCGUUUGCUGUAGUAAAUCUUAUCAAAAUGAUAUUCGACAUUGAGCUAAGGCUGCACCGAGGGAGGCGCUUGUCAGUGAUAAUUUUUGGCUUUGCCUUUGAUUUUGUUCAAUUUGCUACUGUGAAACCUCUCAAAAUUUUCACAAUCUGUGAAAUUUGUCCCGCCGAUCAUUUAAAAGCCGAAAUUUUCCUUGCUAUGAAUUAUGAAUUAUGAAUUUUUUUGUCAACAGGUACUAGGAAAGGUGCAAAUAUGUUAAACGGCCCAGCAAAUCUAAGGAAAUUCCAUCAAAGGAAACGCGAUAAAUCCUGCUCGAAAGAUCCCUAUUUUCUUUGGCGCAAAACAGUACGUAUUGGAAUAGAACUUCGCCAAGAUCUGUAUCUGAGCAUGCGUAAACGGUAUUUUCUUUUCGGUUGACUACUUUUUCAGGCACAAAAGGCUUCGAAAUGUUACGGGUGCAGUUGCCGGAAACCCUAGAUUCCAUUACAUAAAAACUGUUUAACUGUUUUUAACCAUGCCUUUUCAGAUAACAAUCGGGCGAUCGUAUCUAGCCGCCAUGUUUGUUAUGCAUGUUGACACAUUUUAGCUCGCGCUAUGUUCGCACCCAGAUUCCAGGCGGUCAAAAAACUCCAUGGAGCCCUCUUAAACGAAAAAACCUGCCAUCAUCCUUUUGAUAUCUCUUUGUAUAAUGAUUUUUUUUCUUAAUUUUUAGAGCACCUGCGAGGAAGAUAAUCCUUGCAAGGAGAAUGAGAUUUGUGUUGUUGACUACAAAUCGAACACUCCUGUUUGUAAGUGUAUUAGAGGUAAGUGGAGAUCUGUUCGGGGAAAGACAAAAACAACAAACAACUCUAAGAGAGGGACAUACUGAAAAUGCCGAGGAAAGAUAAAACGGGUAGAUUAGCACCAGCUGAGGCAAGGGUACGAAAGAUCAAGGAUGUAACUCCCAUUACAAAAACAUCUAGAGAGAGAGAGAGAGAGAGAGAGAGAGAGAGAGAGAGAGAGAGAGAGAGAGAGAGAGAGAGAGAGAAUAAAUAUUUUUUGUUAUCGUUAAAGUGUUUUACCUUUUUUUCGUUAUUUCUAGAUUGCCCUGCCAAGAACUGUCUUGACUAUUAUCAAAAUGGUUCCAAAACCGACGGUUUGUACUGGGUUUACCCUGAUGAAGAACACUAGUGAUCCCUUUCUAAAGUGCUGUGUGACAUGACAACUGAUGGUGGAGGAUGGACCACCUUUCAAAGGCGCAUGAAUGGCUCCGUAGACUUUUAUGUCGACUGGGAAUUAUACAAAAAGGGCUUUGGAAAUCUGAAGGGCGAGUUUUGGCUCGGAAACGAUUAUAUUCACCGUCUGACUGCAUCUGCCAGCAUGGUGUUUCGAAUUGAUAUGGAGGAUUACGAAGGCGACCGACGAUUUGCCUGGAGAAGAAGAUGGAGAGAGACCGCGUAUCAGUUAAGAAUCACAAGACACGACUUUCGCUGGUGAGGCCGACGAAAGCGAUGGUUAUCGGGUGACAAUCGAUGGAUACCGAGGCACCGCAGGCAGAGAGAGAGAGAGAGAGAGAGAGAGAGAGAGAAUAAAUAUUUUUUGUUAUCGUUAAAGUGUUUUACCUUUUUUUCGUUAUUUCUAGAUUGCCCUGCCAAGAACUGUCUUGACUAUUAUCAAAAUGGUUCCAAAACCGACGGUUUGUACUGGGUUUACCCUGAUGAAGAACACCCCUUUCAAGUGCUGUGUGACAUGACAACUGAUGGUGGAGGAUGGACCACCUUUCAAAGGCGCAUGAAUGGCUCCGUAGACUUUUAUGUCGACUGGGAAUUAUACAAAAAGGGCUUUGGAAAUCUGAAGGGCGAGUUUUGGCUCGGAAACGAUUAUAUUCACCGUCUGACUGCAUCUGCCAGCAUGGUGUUUCGAAUUGAUAUGGAGGAUUACGAAGGCGACCGACGAUUUGCCGAGUACACGACUUUCGCUGUGGCCGACGAAAGCGAUGGUUAUCGGGUGACAAUCGAUGGAUACCGAGGCACCGCAGGCGAUUCAUUGGCUUCCCAUCCUAGGUCUAUCAGGUAUGUUGCAUUGCAGCUUUUUGCACUUUGCUCUUUGAAUGACCAGUAAUAUAAGGGUAGUUGAGGACUGCUGGAAGUCGAGGAUCCCUACUCUUAAGCUGGUCAGCUUUUUUUUACAUAUAACAAAUCUAAGCUGAAGUAUCGCAUCCCGGAUGCUUCAUCGCCGAUCAGUUAUUUCAACUUCCAGUUUAUUGCUAACCAGGAUUGCUUGUUUCAACAAGAUGACAUCCAAUUCAUGUUGACACCAUUAACCUAAAAAAACAUGUGUACUUGCUUACAACUCCAUUUUUUCAAACUUUCCUGAUAGGGGAAUCUUUUUAUGUGCAUUGCUGACAAUUAGUGCUCCUUACAUAUUUCCCACCAUGCAGUGCAAUCUGCACUUUACUGACUAUGAUAUGCUGCUAGAAACAUUGCUUCCUCGCUUUUUCUCAGUUUCUUACGAUAUGCUUUUGAUAUCUUAGAAACAUGAGGUUUACAACCAAAGACAAAGAUAACGACGCUAGAACUGGCGGAAACUGUGCGUUAACCUAUAAAGGUGGCUGGUGGUAUAAUGGCUGCCAUAACGCCAAUCCAAAUGGUUUGUACAAAGGCGGAGGUAACGCACAGGGUAUUACAUGGAGUACAUUUCGAGGACAAGGAUAUUCUUUAAAGCACACCGAGAUCAAAAUUCGACCAGCAUGA